AUGGGAGUGAAUCAUCCGUUUCAGACGCUCUUUGCGGUGCACAUGACAUGUGAAAGUUGCGUCAAGGAUGUUUCAGACGCGGUGCAGAAGCUGGGUGGUAUCACCAAAGUAGACGCAAACCUCAAAGAUCAAUUGGUCUCAAUCGAAGGCACAGCCGCUCCCUCAGCCAUAGUCGACGCUAUCCAGGCUACUGGCAGAGACGCCAUCCUGCGCGGAUCUGGUUCGUCGGAUAGCGCUGCUGUCAGCAUCCUCGAGACUUAUCAACAUCUGAGUGUUGUUGAGACGCCUGAGGAGAGAGCCAAGCGCGAGAGGCAAGUCAGAGGCUUGGCCAGAAUGGUCCAGGUCUCUCCCGAGGUGACGCUGGUGGACUUGACGGUGCGAGGUGUCUCGCCCGGGUCAUACCAAGUUACGAUCCGUGAGUACGGGAACCUGACGGAAGGCGUCGAAUCGGCUGGUCCGGUCUGGGCCGGGUCCGAUCGUCCCGCCACAAACCCUAGCGCCAACGGUGCCGCCCAGGCCAGGGGAUUUUUGGGGACCGUUCAGGUGGGAAAGGAGGGCCACGGAAGUGUCUUUAUGGAAGCCUCGUUCCAGGUCUGGGAGGUUAUAGGCCACGCCAUGAUUGUAUCUCCGUUAGACGAGGCCGCGAGUGGCGGAAAGGUCCUCAAGAAUGACGCGGACACGGUUGCAGGUAUCAUUGCCAGGAGUGCCGGCGUGUGGGGAAAUGACAAGACGGUAUGUGCGUGCUCGGGGAAAACAUUAUGGGAGGAACGCAAGGACGAGAUUCAAAAGGGCAUGUUUUAGCGCGAAGAUCCAGAAGACACACCCAGCAUUUCUGGGUUGUGACCUAGAACGAGCCUGGUGCCUGAUUCAAACAACAGCUCGUGGCAUGUACAGCAUCGAGACCGUGUACGAAGAUUGCUUAGGCGCUUGACCUCUUUCACGAUUGUGCAACAUCAAAAAACCCAGACCUACGGAAACUCUUAACUGAGAUUACACAAUGCAGACAUCUAG